GUCUGGCAUCAACAGCUGCCGCGAUCCAGGCGCGCACCCGACAAUGAUGUGCUGCCCAGACGAGUGCGAGGCCGAAAUAUUGCCGCGCCUGGAGGCCGCUUCAGCAGGGCCCCGCAUCGCGCCGAAGCAGGUGUGGGCCGUGCUGUCCCGCCUGAUCAAGGGAGACAAGAUGGUCUCGGCCGACAAGCGCAGGGACCUGCACUCUGAGCUGCACGCCCUGGGACUCAGGUCAGCGGACGGCCUCGUCGAGGUGCACGGGCGCCGCCUGGGCCGCUGGCUGCACCGCGCCUUCCCCCACAAGUGCCGCGGGCCCGCGGCGCCGGGCGCCCCGGCGGUGGUGGACCCGGCCGUGUCGCCCACGGCCUGGACAAAGGCUGGAAAGUACCUGCCGCUGGACGCGCCAGAGGUCGAGGAGAUUCGCGCUCACUUGGAGACCCGCUGGGGCCCCGACGGCACAGGCGCGGACCCGCGAUCGUUCGCGGCUCGGAGCUCGAUGAGCUUGGACGAGGAGUUGCAGCUCAUCCACAGGUUCCACGAACAGCAGAAGUCCGGCGGCCCGCCCGUGCAGCAGGCCAUGGAGGACGCCCUCAACGUCCGCAUGCUGGACCGCUCGGCCCCCUCGGAGUGGCUGCUGGCGGCCGCCCUGGCGGCCGCGCUGCUGGGGCCCCUGGCGGUGGCCGUCGCCCUGGCAGGGCGGCUCGCAGCCGAGGUCAGCUCCCUCCUGGCGGCAGCCGCCGCGGCUGGGCGCGCUCGUGCCGCCCCGCCGGCUGCGGCGGCGCUCGGCUGCGGGGGCCCGCCGUGCGCCCUCGAGGCGGCCGUCGCGCGGUCCGAGAAGGACGACUCCACGGACGCGGGGGACACCGACUCCGAGGUCGCCGGGGAGUUGGGCGCAGAGGACUCCGAGGCGGAGCGGGAGACCGCCGUGAUUGCCACAGAGGUCAGCCGCGGCUGCACCUCCUCGGUCGACGAGCACCCGAGCCAGAGGGAGGCGGCCCUGGACGUGGCAGCGGAGAUCGAGGACAAAAUUGAUCAUCAGAAGGCACCAGCAGCAACAGCAUCUCAGGUGCUGCCAUCGGCGAAGGUGGCCAUCGCUGCUCAUCCGCUGAAUCACGCGGCGCCCCUGUACCUCCCGAAGGGCUUCGGGCCGCCCCCAGGGCUGGAGCCGCCGUCCGGGCUGCAGCUGAAGCUCAAGGCCCUCGGCCUCGACCCUGACUGGCACCAUACCCCGGGGGCAGGGAGCAGGACCACCGCACCCCGGAGCACACCGAGCUCGAGCUUCGGGGCGCCGGAGAGCAGGCGUGGCGGGCAACCCCGGACGGCGCCCGCCUCAUGA